AUGCCACAAUAUUGUUGUGUACCGAAUUGUACAAACUAUGGGGGCCAUAAAUUCCCAGAAGACAUCAAUUUACGACAAAAAUGGCGCGUGGCCAUACGAAGAAUGGACCCCCGGACGAAGCGGUUAUGGCAACCAGGAAAAUACGAUGUUGUGUGUUCCUCCCAUUUUAGGGACACGGACUACAAAAUCACACUAUUAGGUGAACGUCCACGACUGAAUAAAGGAGCAGUGCCUUCGAUAUUCCCAUUUGCCCUUUCUUUAUAUAGUAAUGAUUUCCUGAAUGAUGAAAGCCCUAGAUGUUUAAGGAAGAAAAACAGAGAAGGCAUGCUUGCUACCAACGACCAACAUGCAUCGGUAUGUACAGAAGUUCAGAGUGUUGUCGAAGUAAAAGACACUCCCGAAAUUCAGAAUUCUUCAUCAAUCGAGACACCUGAGGAAGACCUGCAUGGACAGUUUGAUCAGAGUGUGCAGUGUGAACUGAAAACAUUUGGUAAAUUUUCUGUCAAAAAUUUUGAAAAUGACCCUAAGAUGAUUAAGUAUUACACUGGCUUUUGUGAUUUUGAACAGUUCAUAUUUUUUUUCAACUGCCUUGGACCUUGUGUUUCUGAACUGUCCCAUCAAACAACACUUAUGGAUCCUAAAGAUCAACUUUUCAUGGUACUCAUGAAGCUGCGACAGGCUAAAGAAGAUGUAGAGUUAGCUCUAUUUUUUGGCAUAUCAGAAUCUUCUGUGUCGCGCAUAUUUAAUACAAGGCUAAACUUUAUGUAUUACCAACUGAAAGAGUUAUGCAUAUGGCCAUCAAAAGAUAUUAUUCAACAGUUUAUGCCUUCUGAUUUUGGACGAAAGUUUCCCAACACACGUGUCAUUCUUGAUGCUACCGAGCUUCCUAUUAACAAACCAUCGGAUGUGAAUGCUCAGAGUAUCACAUGGUCUGCUUAUAAACACAAGAACACAAUGAAGACUAUGAUAGGUUGUACACCAAAAGGUGCUGUAAGUUUUGUCUCUAAAGCAUAUGGUGGAUCAGCGAAUGACCGACAAAUCAUUGAAAAUUCUGAGCUUCUUAAUCCAGAUUUGAAAAUGUUUGAAAAGGGGGACAGUGUUAUGGCGGAUCGUGGUAUCAUGGUUCAAGACCUCUUCGCCUCCCAAGAUGUUUAUGUCAACACCCCAACGAUGUUGAAAGGAAAAUCCCAACUGGAUCCACAGGAAGUUAUCCGCGAUCGCAGAGUGGCAUCAAAGAGAAUACACAUAGAACGUGUCAUAGGACUCAGCAAGGGAUUUAAAAUAUUAAGACAUCCUCUACCACAGAGCAAAUUGCACCUUGGCUCAAGAAUUGUUUUUGUGUGCUUUUCGUUAUCUAAUUUUAGGAAAUCAAUUGUUGAUAGAAAUGCUUAA